AUGAACGUCUACACCGAAGCUUGCAUCGACGGCGAGGUCUCUCGCUCACUGAGCACUAUCGAGUAUACCCCGGAGCUAGUCGCUAUUCAGGACUACUUCAAAGGCACCGCGCAAAUCGUCAACGGUGGCGUUCCAAACCUCUUCAGCGACUCCAGUGUCGACCUCGCCGGAAAUGCCGAGACCCAAGCACUACGAAACUACGCAUCGCACAAGAACCUUCGCAUCAUUUACACCGUCGCCGAGGUCUACUAUCGUAUAGUCGCCAACUCAAAGUCGGGCAUAAGCUCGCUCAAGGAUCUGAAGGGAAAGAAGAUUGGAUCCAUCCCUGGCACGUCCGCUACCUACUUUGUGCAGAAAUAUCUUGCAACAGUCGGUCUGAAGGAGUCGGACUACACUGUCGUCUCCGGCAACGUGUGCAUGGCUGCCCCCUGUGGCUCGGGUACAUUUCCAUACAUGCUUGCUCACGGCACGGUUGACGCAGUUGGAAUGUGGGAGCCAACCGUCGAGUUGGCAGCUCAGGCGCUGGGCUCUAAUUCAAUCAUGUUUGGAAAUCAAACAGCCUACAGAGAAAUAUUCAAUCUCCACACUACCGCCGAGAAGCUCAAAGACCCAGCGAUGAGGAAGAACAUCGUGGACUUCAUUCGAGCAUUGAAUCACACCCGAUCUACUUGA